UCUUUGGUGCGGCGGGGCAACGUCGGCUGGCUGGCUGGCGCGGGAGGGGCGGUUUCGUCGCGCGUCCGUUUGCGCGCCGAAGAAGCCGCUGCCACCGCUCGGCGCCCUGGUCGUCCGCCGCUGGGCCUGAGCCAUGGGCUCGUCGCAGAGCGUGGAGAUACCCGGCGGGGGAACCGAAGGCUAUCACGUCUUGAGAAAUAAAGACAACGACACGCUGAAGGACCUGUUGAAAGCCAAUGUGGAAAAGCCUGUUAAGAUGCUGGUCUAUAGCAGCAAAACCCUGGAGAUCCGAGAGACAUCCGUAACCCCCAGCAACAUGUGGGGAGGGCAGGGCUUGCUGGGCGUGAGCAUUCGGUUUUGCAGCUUUGAUGGCGCCAAUGAGAAUGUAUGGCACGUGCUGGAAGUUGAACCAAAUUCUCCUGCUGCAAUUGCAGGUCUUAGACCUCAUAGUGACUACAUCAUUGGGGCAGAUACUGUCAUGAAUGAGUCUGAAGAUUUAUUCUCUCUCAUUGAAACACAUGAAAACAAGCCAUUAAAACUUUAUGUAUACAAUACUGAUACUGAUAAUUGCCGAGAAGUCGUUAUUACUCCAAAUACUGCAUGGGGUGGAGAGGGAAGCCUAGGAUGUGGCAUUGGCUACGGAUACCUGCAUCGAAUACCUACUCGCCCUUUUGAAGAGGGAAAGAAAAUUUCUCUUCCUGGGCAGUUGUCCAGUACACCUAUUAGUCCACUCAAAGAUGGCUUCACAGAAGUGCAACUGUCUUCAGUUAAUCCCCCUUCUUCAUUGCCACCUGGAACUACAGGAGUAGAACAAGGCUUGGCUGGUCUUUCCAUUAACACAACUCCUGCUGUCCCUAACGUGCUCAGUACAGGUGUUCCUACAGUACCGUUAUUGCCUCCCCAAGCAAAUCAGUCUCUUCCUCCAAUUAACUCAGCAGCUCCAUUACCAGGACUGAUGGCUUUACCUGCUGGACUUCCCAACCUGGGGAACAUCCCUAACUUGAAUUUACCUGGUCCGCAUUUAAUCCCUGGUCCUGGAUUAGUAGACAUUGGGCAACCUGGAUUGCCACCACUUCCUUCCUUGCCUCCAGUCAACCUGUCUGGAAUUGCACCUCUGUCGCCAGAAUUCCUUGCCAAGUUCCCAUUGGUCAAUGAGAUGCCCCCUCUGCCUACAGAUCUGUUGUCUUCUGUUCCCAUCACAACAAGCUUCCCUGCAAAUCCUGGCACGACUGUAAAUGUGGAACAAACCUCUGCACUCAUUCUGGAUACGGCUGUUCCUCCUCCCCCCAUGGUUACUACUGAUGCUUCUAAUGCUCCCGCUGUCAAGGCAUUAUCUCCUGAAGACAGAGGAGAUGGGAUAACUUCCUUCAGUGAAAAGCCAGCACCCUCGGUCACGGAUACGGCUGUGUCUGAAUCAUCAUAACUUCAACUAAUUGGUUGGAUUGGGGUUGAUGUAUUUAUUCAACAACAAUAUAUGCAAACUAUCAUUACUUUCAUGCUAGUUUGUAUUUUGUUGUCAAGAGUUCUUGUAAAUAUACGGAAGGUGACUUAAAGGUCCAGAUUUUUACAAUGGGUUUGGUGUAGGGUAGAGAAAGGAGAAGGAACUGCUUAUAUUUAAAAAAAAAGAAUAAUAAAAAGGAAAUAUCAAGGUAGGGUAUGCAGGUGUCCGCUGCCAAAAUUGAGGAUUUUUUUUUUUAAAGUGUAAUCUGACUUCAGUAGGCUUUCUUGCUUACUUUCCGCCCCACAAAUUUGCUUCUCUUAGAAAUGAGCAAGUAAUUCAUGCUUGUAGUAUAUGAAAAAAAAAAUUUCUUGUAUUUUGCAAGAAUUAGAAUUUUGGUAAUACAUUGUGAGGGGGUAAAAGUAUUUACUUUUUCCAAGUUGUACAUUUUAGCAGUAUAAAGAUCUUCAAACUAGAGCUGUUUUAUUAAAAACUCCAGAAAACGACUUGUAAAUUCAGCCUCAUUUUUAAAUCUGCCUGUAUGCGGAUCUUUCUGUUGAGCUACUGCCCUUUUUACCUAAACCUAGCCUCUGCUACUUUGCUUUAUAAGCCCACUGUCAAAAGUAUUGUGAAGAAAGCAACAGGAAACCUUACAAUGUUGGACAGGGCUCAAAAACAGGAAGAUGAAAUUUUUGACCUUUUUUUGUAAAACAAGUUGAAUUGAAGGAGCUUACAUAAUGGCAAUAAAUUCUAAGGGUUUUAUCAUUCGGUGAGCAUAUUAUUAAAACUGAACAGGAGUAAAUACACAAUUGUAACACAGUUUUGGAAUGAAAAACAUUUCACAGGCACAUACAUUAUUUUCCCAAAAUUUCUUAUUUUUGGCCUUGCUGGGCUGGAAUUUCUGGAAGGCCACAGUUCUUCAAUUCUGCAGAAAAUAUUUAUUUUUUUAAAAAAAGCUUAAUUGUGGCCCAGCUAUCAGCAAAUUAGAUGUUAUACCAUAUACCAUUCAGUUUCAAAUUCAAGUCUGUGAUUAUUCAGUAUUGGCCUGAGCAAGGAGCCUUAGGUUAAUUGAAUCCAGAUAGUUAAUACGUACUUUUAAAUAUGUAUAUUGUUGAAAAAUUGGCUUUCCUUUUCAUGUAAUUUUGGAGUUCUAAAUCAAAUAUUAAACAUGUCAACACA